CCUCCGUCAUAUAUGGGCUUGCCUGCACUGGAUCCGACUCUAUCCAAGCAGCUGGCUGAUCGUCGCUCGUUUAUCCAGUUGCAUAAACUGCAGCCUAUGCAUCGUGGUAUCGAUACAUCAUCGGAACCCAGCACUUAUAUUGCUGAUUCGGAGGGCAAGCUUAUUCCUGCAGCUUCAACCACCAGCCGCAGAAAAAUCGACAGCUUCAAUUCCUGGCUGGAGGCAUUUUUAAUUUUCAUCCGUUAUCGCAUCUUCCAUCAUCCAGACUUGGCCCCGGGUUUUCUGGCUUACAUUGAUAUCAUUAGAGGUUUAGCAUUAACACGACCUUUAUUGAUUUGGUUAGAUUACGACCGCCGGUUUCGUGAAAGGAUGACCUUCCCUGAUGUGAAUGAAACAGCUUGGUUUUCCGAAGAUUCGUCCAUCAUGGCGGAUGUGUUGCGUUCCAUCCCUACCUUUCCCGCGGUUUACCAGCCACCUCCGCAGAACUUAAGUUUUACCUCAUCACUUCAAUUGCCGCCGCAUCCCAAUGCCGCUUUUAAUCCAUCUGCAAAGCCGCCUUACGGAUGCUUCGUCUGCCGCGAUCCGAAUCAUUACGCGACUUUUUGUCUUCAACGUGCAAAGCCUGUUAUGUCAAACGCUCCAUCUCAGCCAUCCGCCUAUCGUUUAACGCAGCCCUUUCGCGGGCCCCGCGUUGCCGUAUGCAGGGACUACAACGCGGGAAAGUGCCAGUCCCCAUGCCCCCAUCGAAGAAUACAUGUGUGCGACCAGUGCUUCGAAACCAGUCACACUCGCGAGCACCAUACCGGUCCCAGUAGAAGCUAACCCAUUUACGCCACUCCGCCCUUUUAAGUUCCUGGGUUAUUUGCGUUAGUAUCCUAAUCGGGCAGCAGUAAAUAGUUUCAUUGCAGGAUUGUUGUACGGUUUCGUCAUCGGGUUUACCGGUUCUCAGCACUCGCGUUACUCUCCCAAUGCCCUGACAGCUCGCAACCAUCCUGAGAUUGUACGAAAGUACCUUGCCAAAGAAAUCAGUCUGCGUCAUACGCUAGGACCUUUCGAUUACAUUCCGCUGCCACAUUUCGUCAUUUCUUCUCUCGGAGUCCGACCUAAAAAGACCGGUGGAGC